UAAUAACUUAGCAAUAAACGAAAAUUAACCAGAUUUUACUUCCUACCUAUAAUCAACAUCCGCGCCAAGGUUUUGAAUUGAACUUCAAUAGAGCAUGGGCACUCUUGAGCUCACAGCUGAUGCGAAAUUCAAAGCCCAACAAAAGUAUUGAUUUGCAAUAAGAGUAGAAUUAGCUUAGCGUAGCAUUCCGAUAGAUAAACGUAGGCGUAGUAAUGGAUUUCACGGGCUUUGAAGUGCGCAAGUGCCCGCCGACUGCCAUGUACAUUCCGAACUUCAUCACUUCCGAGGAGGAGCAGCGCAUCCUGAGCCACAUCGAGCGGACUCCGAAGCCCCGCUGGACGCAGCUGCUCAACCGCCGGCUGGUCAACUACGGCGGGGUGCCCCAUCCCAACGGGAUGAUUGCCGAGGAGAUUCCCGAAUGGCUGCAGAGCUAUGUGGAUAAGGUGAACAACCUGGGCGUGUUCGAGUCGCAGAACGCCAAUCACGUCCUGGUCAACGAGUAUCUGCCGGGUCAGGGUAUUCUGCCGCACACGGACGGACCGCUUUUCUUUCCCAUCAUCUCGACCAUCUCUUGUGGGGCUCACACCGUGCUGGAGUUUGCCAAGCGGGAGGACACCUCCGCGGAACCUGAAGCUGGGGAGGAUCAGUCGCCGGCUCCGCGGGAGGUGCGCUUCAAGCUGCUCCUGGAGCCGCGCAGCCUGCUCAUCCUGAAGGACACGCUGUACAGCGACUAUCUACACGCCAUUGCCGAGACCAGCGAGGAUGUGCUCUGCGACCGCGUCUGCAACUACGAUCUGUGCGAGAACACCUACAAGAUCGGCGACCACCUGGUCCGUCGGUCGCCCCGCAUCUCCCUCACCAUCCGCAACGUUCCCAAGACCAGCAAGAUGAAGCUCAAGUUCUGCUAGGCCCAUUCCGCACCUGCAUAGAUGUUGUUUGCCAUUGAAUACAUAUUACACAGCUGUUGAGUAAGCGCACGUUGAACAAACCCACUGAAGGGACCCAAGGGGUCCAAGGACUAGGAUUAUCCGCCACCUGAAUCUUCCGCUAGAUGUUUAAGCACUCGCACUAGCACACUAGCUCGCAAGCAAUCAACGUUGGCCCACACAAAGUGCUUUAUUUAUACCGUUGGCAUUGUGUACAUAUAUAUAAAUGUUUGUAUUACGUAUUUCGGAGCAAUAAGUUGGCCCGAUCGGCGAGCAGGUUCGGGCCGUAUCCCUAGACUGCACCUGGCCGCCGGCGGCUUUUAGAUUUAGUUACGCGAGCAAUUGAUGGGAGCAAUCCGUGGUCUAGAUUUGUGAAAUAUGAAGUUUACUUUACCCGUA